CUGUAUCUCCCCUUUUCUUUCGUCAUUACGUCCUGAUACUGCAAGCGGUUCGAACAGAAUAGACGUAUUGGUUGGUGUAGUAGUAAGUCGUGUUUGUCAAGUGAAGCGGUUGAUUAAACCAAUUUAUUUGUAGCUUCAAAGUUAAUUUUGUUACCUAAUACUUUAAAAAUAAUGGUUCAUCACGUAAAAGACGAGAAAGACCUGGAAGCCAAGCUGAAAGAGGCUGGAAACAAUCUGGUUGUGAUUGACUUUUUCGCCACCUGGUGUGGACCCUGUAAAAUGAUUGCCCCUCAAAUUGCGGAGAUGGCUGAUGACUUCCAGGACGUCAUGUUCCUGAAGGUGGAUGUAGAUGAGUGUGAGGGCAUUGCUGCCACAUACGAGAUCACCUCCAUGCCAACCUUUGUAUUUAUCAAGAACAACCAAAAAUUGGAGCAAUUUGCUGGAGCAAAUGCAGAGAAACUGAAAGAAACUGUCAACAAGUAUAAAUGAAUAAUUUUAGUGUAACUGCCUGCUGUUUUAUUUUAAAUUCUGGGAUAAAGCUUUCCAUGUCAAUGGUACAUCACUUGCAUAAUUGAAACAUACUGAUAUAGUUAGUAACUGUUCCCUUUCUUUACUAUUUUUAUAAAGCUAAGCAGAUUAUAUAUAUAUAUAUUUUUUAUUUGAUCAAAGUAUUUGUAUAUUGGUGUUGCUAUGAAGUAUGUGAACUUAUAUAAAUAUAAAUGCCUUAUAUAAAAUGUAUUGCAUUAGCGGAAUCUUGUUUUGUCAGUUGAAUAUAAAUUAACAUUUAAGCUGUAA